CCGACAAACACAAUACAAUCCUCCUCCGUUUUGAUAUUUUCACAGCUCACAAUUCCAAAUUCCAAUUCUCCGCGGAAAACAAAAUCCCAGGGUUUUCGAAUUCCAUGGCUUCCCACACCCAUCUCGACGAUGACGAUGAAUUCGGAGGCGAUUUUCCUGGAACUCACAAUGCCAGGCGUUCAGGUAAUAAGAGAAAUUUUGGGGAUCUUGAGGAUGAUGAAGAUGAUAUUUUUGGCUCAAAAAAGGGUAAGCCAAAAGUAGAAGAAACUGCUCCAGGUGUAGCAACUGGGAUGAUUUUGUCUCUUCGUGAGAGUCUUCAGACCUGUAAGGAUAAUCUUGCAACAUGUCAAGAAGAACUUGAAGCUGCAAAAUCUGAGAUUCAGAUGUGGCAUUCUUCAUUUCAGAAUGAGUCCUUCAUACCUACUGGAACUUCUCCUGAACCUAAAUUAGUGAUCGAUUAUCUUCAGAUGCUGAAAUCCUCUGAGGAGUCAUUGAGAGAACAGCUAGAAAAAGCCAAGAAAAAGGAAGCAGCAUUCAUUGUAACAUUUGCAAAACGAGAGCAAGAAAUAUCAGAGUUAAAGUCUGCAGUAAGGGAAUUAAAAGCGCAACUCAAGCCACCAUCAAUGCAGGCUAGGAGAUUAUUACUAGAUCCUGCAAUUCAUGAAGAGUUUACACGUUUAAAGAAUUUGGUUGAGGAGAAGGAGAAAGAGCUGAAGGAGAAACAGGAUACUAUUUCUGCACUCAGUUUCACUCCACAAAGCAAGAUGGGUAAGAUGCUGAUGGCUAAAUGCAGGACUCUGCAAGAGGAAAAUGAGGAGAUUGGAAAUCUAGCUUCCGAAGGAAAGAUGCAUGAGUUAGCAAUGCAACUUGCUUUGCAGAAAUCUCAAAAUGCAGAACUCAGAAGCCAAUUUGAAGGACUGCACAAACAUAUGGAGGGGCUUACGAAUGAUGUGGAAAGAUCAAAUGAAAUGGCGCUUAUCUUGCAAGAAAAGCUAGAAGAAAAAGAUCAAGAGAUUGAAAGGUUGAAGAAUGAGGCACAACAAAAGAGCGUAAUUGAGGAGGAAAAGGAGGAAAAAACCGAUCCAGCUCCUAUCCAGAAAGAGAGAGAUGAAGAGAUGAUUGAUGGGGAAACCAACAACUGAGUUAUUCAAUGCAAUUUUGUAGGAUUUAAUUAAUUUAUUCCCCUUCCAUUUGUGAUUUGUACAUUAAACAUUAAUGUAAUUCUUUUUGGUGACAUUUAUGCUUUUCAUUUUCAAUC